AUGUUCAGGUAUCCUGCAGAUGUAUAUGAUCGUGAAUGGGAGCAGUUAAGUCUUUCGUUCGCGUUUAAUUUUGUAAACACAAGUCUCAAUAUAAAUGCUUCUACUCCUUACGAGCUACCACAAGAAGUCAUCUCAAAGGCAGUCAUUAAUAAAAACGUGACCGAGAAGUUAACUUACGAAUGGACCAUGGACGACCGGGAGGAUCAGGCUCUCAUAUAUCUACAUUUCGCUGAGAUACAAACACUUCGAGGCAACGACACAAGAGAAUUCGACAUUGCAUGGAAAGGAAAGGACGAAAACUUUACAAUUUCAGCUUAUCGCCCUCAAAAGUUACAACUAGAGACUCUAUACAACACAUCGCCUAUGAAAUGUAGGUUUCUUGGAUGUACUGUGGAGCUGGUUAUGACUCAGAACUCAACUCUCCCACCAAUGGUUAACGCCAUGGAAGCUUACAAGAUUAUUGAGUUUCCAGAUGCUGAAACUAAUCCAGAGGAUGGUUAG